GACUGGGCGCCUUCACAAUUGGCAGUACUUAAGCAACCAAACCCCCCUUGGUUCACUUUCUCCUCCUUUCUUCUCCCUCUCACCCAUCACCAUCAUCAUUCUUGGUCCCCCAAUCGCUCACCUCUCUCUCAGGUCGAAGACUUCAUCUUCCUGAUCAAAUCAAUCUUCUUAGCCGAACAGAUCACUCUUCCGAGGGUGGUCAUCAACACCGGCAAAAUUUUCUCCAACUCUCUUAACUCCUGUCACCACCCGUUCAACGGUUCCCGACGCUCAUCCGCUCGUGGAGGGGCAUCGGGCUCAAUCUAUUCUCAUUAAGAAGCUAGAACCUCACUUUCAAGACAAUCUCAUUCCUCCCGUCAAGUUCGUAGCUUUCUCCCGUGACUCGCCUCCGAUCAACAAACAUUCAUCAUGGCUCCUCACGCAAAUGAGAAUGGUGCUGUCAAUAGUACCGUGAACGGGUUGGCUGGCAACCGCAACGAAAAGACCCCUCUUUUCACCGUCGAUUCGCCCAACGUGGUCUAUACUGAAGAUGCAAUUGAGACCAAGUAUGCUUACCAUACCACCUCGGUCACUCGUGCCGGCGACAAGUUAGUUGCUACUCCCAAGGCACAGAACUACAACUUCAAGGUGGACCGCAAGGUGGGCAAGGUGGGUAUGAUGCUGGUUGGCUGGGGUGGUAACAACGGUACUACUGUUACCGCUGGUAUCAUUGCUAACCGCCGCGGUCUGGUGUGGGAUACUCGCGAGGGCAAGCGCGCUGCCAAUUACUAUGGUUCCGUAGUGAUGGGCUCUACUAUCAAGCUUGGCACCGACGAGAAGGGCCAGGAAAUCAACAUUCCCUUCCACGACAUGCUUCCAAUGGUCCACCCUAAUGACCUCGUCAUUGGCGGUUGGGACAUUAGCGGAUUGGGAUUGGCUGACGCCAUGGACCGUGCCUGCGUCCUGGAGCCUUCCCUCAAGGAGCUUGUCCGCAAGGAAAUGGCUGAGAUGAAGCCUUUGCCCAGUAUCUACUACCCGGACUUUAUUGCUGCAAACCAGGAAGACCGUGCAGACAAUGUUAUUCCCGGCUCCAAGGCGUCAUGGGAUCACGUUGAGCACAUCCGUAAGGACAUUCGCGACUUUAAGGCAAAGAAUGAACUCGACAAGGUUAUUGUUCUGUGGACUGCCAACACCGAGCGCUAUGCCGAAAUCAUUACUGGCGUAAACGACUCUGCUGACAACUUGGUCAACGCCAUCAAGUCUGGUCACGAAGAGGUUUCUCCUUCGACUGUUUUCGCUGUGGCCUGUGUCCUCGAGAAUGCUCCUUUCAUCAACGGUUCUCCACAGAACACCUUUGUCCCAGGCGCCAUCCAGUUCGCUGAGAAGCAUAACGCUUUCAUCGGUGGUGAUGACUUCAAGUCUGGUCAAACCAAGAUGAAGUCAGCUUUGGUUGACUUCUUGAUCAAUGCCGGUAUCAAGCUUACCUCAAUUGCGAGCUACAACCAUCUUGGUAACAACGAUGGCAAGAAUCUCAGCUCUCAGAAGCAGUUCCGCUCCAAGGAGAUCUCCAAGUCUAAUGUUGUUGACGACAUGGUCGCUGCCAACUCUGUUCUAUACAAGGAGGGUGAGCAUCCUGACCACACUGUUGUCAUUAAGUACAUGCCUGCUGUUGGCGACAAUAAGCGUGCUCUCGACGAGUACUAUGCUGAGAUCUUCUUGGGUGGCCACCAGACCAUCAGCAUCUUCAACGUGUGCGAGGACUCUCUAUUGGCUUCUCCUUUGAUCAUCGAUUUGGUUGUCGUUGCCGAGAUGAUGACUCGUAUCAGCUGGAAGAAGGCCGAUGGGUCGGAUGACUACAAGGGAUUCCACAGUGUUCUCAGCGUUCUCAGCUACAUGCUCAAGGCUCCAUUGACUCCUCCUGGAACACCUGUGGUCAAUGCUUUGGCUAAGCAGCGUGCUGCUCUGACCAACAUUUUCCGCGCCUGUGUCGGUCUCCAGCCUGAGUCUGACAUGACCUUGGAGCACAAGCUCUUUUAAUAGCUGACCGGUGGUCUUGAGGCAACACGCUUCGCCACCAGCGAUCAUGAAUUGUUCAUUUGGUUUUUACUUGCAGCCUGACCCUAGUCACUCCUUAGAUAGCAACAAUCAAUACAGCCGUCCUCGUCCAUGAGAUGAGGCUUAUCGAGAUUUUUCUUCAAUAACAUAGCACAUUAGAAUAAUAAGCCAUGAAUGAAGCCCUUGGUUUCUAUGACCCGAGGCGCUCCAUCGCAUCUAUACUACUUUUUUUUUGGAACAAAAUCUCUCCUCUCCAAGCUGGCUAGUGUUCUCGGGGUUCAUCCACGAGUACCUUCCAAGA